AUGCAGCGUGGUGGUGGUGAAGGUGCUUCGGGUUACUCGGGAGGCGCCCACCCAACGAGUGGGGGACAUUCAUCAUAUCGCUACGAAGACCUAGAAUUCCCUUACUGUGAAGAUUCUGGCAAAUAUGAAAAGCUCGCAAAGAUCGGGCAGGGGACUUUCGGAGAAGUAUUUAAGGCCAGAGACAGAAAAACCAAACGGUUGGUGGCAAUGAAAAAAGUGUUGAUGGAAAAUGAAAAAGAAGGGUUCCCAAUCACAGCUUUGAGGGAGAUCAAGAUCCUGCAGUUGUUAAGACAUGAAAAUGUUGUAGAUCUUAUAGAGAUCUGUCGUACAAAAGCCUCUCAAUACAACCGAUUUAAAAGCACCUUUUUCCUCAUCUUUGAGUUUUGUGAGCACGACCUGGCUGGACUUUUAAUCAAUGCUAAUGUGAAGUUUAAUCUUGGAGAAAUCAAGAAGGUUAUGCAGCAAUUGUUAAAUGGCCUAUACUUUAUACAUAGUAAUAAGAUCCUUCAUCGUGACAUGAAGGCUGCCAACAUCCUUAUCACCAAACAUGGUGUCCUAAAGUUGGCAGACUUUGGACUGGCACGGGCCUUUAGUGUUCAGAAAGCAGGCCAGCCUAAUAAAUACACCAAUCGAGUUGUGACAUUGUGGUACCGCCCUCCAGAGUUACUCCUAGGUGAGAGGAACUAUGGACCACCCAUUGAUAUGUGGGGUGGUGGCUGUAUCAUGGCAGAAAUGUGGACACGGACACCCAUUAUGCAGGGUAAGACAGAACAGAACCAACUCCAACUCAUCAGCCAGUUGUGUGGGUCUAUUACCAAAGACGUAUGGCCUACUGUUGAUAAACUUGAUCUCUAUGCCCAACUUGAACUUCCUCAAGGUCAGAAGCGCAAGGUUAAGGAGAGGUUAAAAGCUUAUGUCAAAGAUCAGUAUGCUCUUGAUCUUCUGGAUAAACUGAUGACCCUUGACCCUUCAAAGCGACUGGAUAGUGACAGUGCAUUGAACCAUGAUUUUUUCUGGACAGAUCCAAUGCCUAGUGACUUGUCUGAAAUGUUAUCUCAACAUAAGACAUCAAUGUUCGAGUUUCUGGCGCCACCACGACGACCAGGUCAGCGACCAAUGCCACACGGUCAGAAUCAGAACAUCCAGCGACCAUUACAUAAUCUCGACUUCCAUGUGGAACGAGUGUAUUAGCAUAUGAUUUACAUGUGAGGAUGUUUUGAUUAUGUAUAAAUGACAAACUUAUGAUGACUGAUCUUGAAUGGAUAUACAACCAAAUCAAAGUAUUAUCAAAAAGGUAAUCUGAUAAUUUUUAACUGUACCAUCUUUAUGUUGAUUUCACUUUUUUAUAUACAUAUUUUACUUAAGAUUUUUCUUUUAAAUGGUCAUUUACCUUUGAAACCCAUUUUAUCAAUAAAAUAAAAUUAAGUUGUGAUCGUUUUUUUUUUUUUUUAAUUUAUUUAAUUUGCGAUGCAGGGUUCAUCCUUCCAGUGUAACAUUAGUGUGAUCUAGGACUAGCAGAUGAUUCAGUUAAAAAUAAUUAAAUCCUAGCUUGUUAAAUAAAAGCUACCCGGUAUAUACCAACAUUUUGGUAUUAAAAGGUCUAGUAUUAUUGUAUGUUUUUAAAGACUCGGAAUGACUUCGGGAGAACAAUGACAAUUGCAAUCUUUCAAUGUUUUUGUCCAUGUCGUCAAUACAAGUUAUUUACAGUGUAAUUAAAAUUUUCUGCAGAAAUCAACCCAUCAGAUUUUAUCUAUACAUUUGUUUAUUUUUGCUUAUUUAGUAGAAACAAACCCCAAUGGUACAAUUUCCUGGAUUGUACAAAUUGUAAUUGGUCAAUGUUACUGAAUAUACUACUGGCAGUACUCUAUGUAAUAAACUUUGUAACUGUUUUUAGUUUGACCAGCAUUGACAAGUUGAUCUGUCAAGAAUAUGAAUAUUUUUAAUGUUAUAAUUUGUUGCCAAUCUGUGACCAAUUCUAUUGGGAUAUUGUAAAACUUUUACAAUUUUUAAUUUUGACAUUAUUUUUAGAUGUGAGAGCUUUGUGUUACAAUCAACAGCUUUGUUGACUUUGCAACUUUUAUCAUUUUUGGUUCAAAAUAUUUUCAUUUACCACAUUAGGAAUUAAACUUAGAAUUCUUAAUGUUCGUUUAAUGAACAUUUGCACGAUUAACAUUUCAUGAAAUUGGUUUAAGUAGUAUCUGAACAGACAGUAUGAGAGAUAAAGCUGAUGUAACAAAUGUAUGGUGUUAUUACAGUAAACAAAAGUUUUUGUCUAAUGAUUAUAUACUGAACACAUGUUUUCCACAAUAUUCACUAGUUAAUGCUUAUAUCAAAUUUGGUAUUAACUAAAGUCAUGGUUUUUCCCAGAAAAAAGAUUAUAUUUGUU